UUUUUGUGUGCCUGACUCCUUUGUCCCCAAACACUUUACUCACAUCAUCUUACCUUUGCUUUCCCAUAAAUAAACAUCAAUGCCCACCAUCUAACUGUCUCUACCCCUCCCUUUUUCAUCAUUUACCCUUCCUUUAUUUUUAUACCAAGUUCAGUACAUUUUUAUUUGUGUUUUAAUAAUUACAACAUUAAGAACUACUAGUAAUAGCUUUCAUUUCACCCUUUAUUAGUGCUUUAGGAACAUAAAUAAAAAGACACACAGGUUUAUUUUGUCUUCUCAUAACAAACCUUUCCAAAGAGAAGAAACAAAGGAAAUACAUGUCUCCAAUUUUCGAAGCAGUUUAUAGUUGAUCUCAGUAACAAGCCAUCAUCUGAAACUUAAGAGAGGAAACAAACAUCUCUUUCGUCGGAAGCUCUUAAUCAGAUCAUAUUCUGAUGGUAUAAAUUGCUGGACUAUUUAGCGAAUUCGCUUUAAUCAUGAAACCGAUUUUCGAUCUUGAAGUAGAGGCCGUCACAGAAUAUGAAUCUGAAGUAAGUAGCCAUGUUGCUUCCAGUAUAUCCAUCCAUGGAUUCGAAACCUCUCCAGGUUCCUAUAGUAACAGCUUCACCAAUAAUUCAAACAUUACAAAUCCAAGAGAGUUCCGUCCCUAUUCAAAUCCAAUCUCACUCGACUUAACACUCAAUUUCAACAACAACAACGACUUGGUUCCGAGAGAUUCAACAGGAUUCUCAUUCUCAAGUACUACCAGUGAGAGCAGCAAUGAACCUACCAUCAUCCCGAGAGUUUUCUCUUGCAAUUACUGUCACCGCAAGUUUUACAGCUCUCAGGCACUCGGUGGACACCAAAACGCACACAAAAGAGAAAGAAUUAUAGCAAAGCGAGCUUUGCGAAUGGGAGUAUUCUCUGAGAGGUAUGCAAGUUUAGCAUCGCUCCCUCUCAAUGGUUCUUUCAGGUCCUUAGGUAUAAAAUCACACUCUUCACUACACCAUGCUUUUUUGCCACCAACAAUAAGGCCUAGUCCCGAGAUAAAAAGUAACGCGAGAUUCAAACAAGGAUGUAUCGGUCAUCCGAUAUUCUUGGAGGAUGAUGAGACAGAACUUUUGUGGCAAGGUAGUUUCCAUCAGGUUACUGAGGGAGGUAGUAAUAAUGCUCAUCAGAGGUCAAAUCUGUGUUUUACUGAAGUGAAUGUAAAACCAUUGGUUGAUAAUAUAGAGAAUUCAGCACCUGAAUUAACAUUGAAACUUUGAAACUUUGGUAUUUUACUCUAUGUUUCUUCUUGUAUAAGAACUCUGGGAAGACAAAUUUGGAGCAUCUAUGUAUGUCUACUAUAUAUAUAUAUAAAUCAUGUUUUUUUCUGUAAUUACUUUUCACAGACAAAAUGUAAUGCGAUAUGAGCUCAAGUAACCGUCGCGGUUGCUUAAAGACUUUCGUUA